AUGGCCGCCCCCGCCCCACCCGGCUAUCCAGGGCUGCUGCGCGCCCGGCUGGGCGGCUCCCUGAGGUGCUUGCGCAGCGGCCCUGCCGACCCCCGCGGGGACCUGGGCGCGCACCGGGGCAGGGACCCUCUGGCCUCCUUCCGGGGCGCCCGGCGGCAGGUGAGCCGCGUCCUCGCCCAGACCAGGGACGACUCCCCUGGGCACAAGUCUGACAGCACCCAGCAGAGACUGCUCUUCAGUCCGCCCGCCGCCUCUCGCUGGAGCGCGACCUUGGUGGGGGGCCUGGAGCUCCCGGAGGCGGAGGCUGAGACCCGGGUUCGCGUCCCGGGCCGCCCACGCCCUCCCCUCGCCCGCAGCCCCCCGGGACCCGCCCCAGCAGCCGGCAGACGUGUGCGGGGUGGGCGGCGGUCCCCGUGGGCGGGGGUCCCUGGGGCCUGGGACCGGGCGUUGUCUGCAGUUGUGUCGGGCACCCACGGGCCCCCGCCCAGCGCACCCAGCCGCCCGCCCACCCAGUGCGGUUGCGGAGCCGAGCGCGCACCCACGCCGCGCGCGCCCAGGGAGCGGCGGGGUCUGCACCAGCGAGCCCACCCGCGGGCGCGUGUGCGGCGGUCCCGGGCCGGGGGCGCCCACCCUCCGGGGCUGUCAGCUGCCCGGCUGUGCGCUCCGCGGCGUCCCGGCAUCUCCGCGAGGAGGGGGGGCGCGGGCGGGGCGGGGGGCUGCGGCGGUCACGUGCCCGCCCUCUGCGGCGGGGGUUCCAAUCAGCGCGCGCCAGGGGCUCGGGGCCGGGGGGGGGGGGGUGGUCUCCGUCACCUGACCGCCCCCCUGCGCCCUGGGCGGCGGGAGCGGCUGCGAGCCUACAAAUGGCCCCGCCCGGCCUCCCUGCGCCGCAGCUUCGCGCAGCCCGCCCGCCAGAGCCGGCGCAGCCCGCAGGUGAGUGUGCGGCGCGGGGGCGCAGCUCGGGGUCCGAGCGGAGACCCGGCGGGCAGGGCAGGUGCCGGGUCCGGGGAGCGAACGCGGGGCUCUGCCGGAGAUGCGGUGCCGGGGCGCGGGGUCUGCGGGAGGUGCGGUGCCGGGGAGCGGGGUCUGCCGGAGAUGCGGUGCCGGGGCGCGGGGUCUGCGGGAGGUGCGGUGCCGGGGAGCGGGGUCUGCCGGAGAUGCGGUGCCGGGGCGCGGGGUCUGCGGAAGAUGCGGUGCCAGGGCGCGGGGUCUGCAGGAGUUGCGGUGCCGGGGAGCGGGGUCUGCGGGAGGUGCGGUGCCGGGGCGCGGACGCGGGGCCCCGCGCAGCCAAGAUCUCUGAGCCACUCCCACAAGGCCCCACAUCCAGAGGCCUUCCAGGCUUCCCAGGAACACACAAGCAGAAUCUGGAAGCGGCCCAGAGUGCUGACGAGGAGAACGAGGAAAAGCGUCCGCAGUGACGGCGGCGCCUCUCCUGCGGCGGAGACUGGCUCACAGGGGGUCCGGAGUCAGCUGGGCCUGCGGGCAGCAAGGGCGCCCGGGGUCCGGAGUCAGCUGGGCCUGCGGGCAGCAAGGGCGCCCGGGGUCCGGAGUCAGCUGGGCCUGCGGGCAGCAAGGGCGCCCGGGGUCCGGAGUCAGCUGGGCCUGCGGGCAGCAAGGGCGCCCGGGGUCCGGAGUCAGCUGGGGCUGCGGGCAGCAAGGGCGCCCGGGGUCCGGAGUCAGCUGGGCCUGCGGGCAGCAAGGGCGCCCGGGGUCCGGAGUCAGCUGGGCCUGCGGGCAGCAAGGGCGCCCGGGGUCCGGAGUCAGCUGGGCCUGCGGGCAGCAAGGGCGCCCGGGGUCCGGAGUCAGCUGGGGCUGCGGGCAGCAAGGGCGCCCGGGGUCCGGAGUCAGCUGGGCCUGCGGGCAGCAAGGGCGCCCGGGGUCCGGAGUCAGCUGGGCCUGCGGGCAGCAAGGGCGCCCGGGGUCCGGAGUCAGCUGGGCCUGCGGGCAGCAAGGGCGCCCGGGGUCCGGAGUCAGCUGGGCCUGCGGGCAGCAAGGGCGCCCGGGGUCCGGAGUCAGCUGGGGCUGCGGGCAGCAAGGGCGCCCGGGGUCCGGAGUCAGCUGGGCCUGCGGGCAGCAAGGGCGCCCGGGGUCCGGAGUCAGCUGGGCCUGCGGGCAGCAAGGGCGCCCGGGGUCCGGAGUCAGCUGGGCCUGCGGGCAGCAAGGGCGCCCGGGGUCCGGAGUCAGCUGGGGCUGCGGGCAGCAAGGGCGCCCGGGGUCCGGAGUCAGCUGGGCCUGCGGGCAGCAAGGGCGCCCGGCUCCCGGAGUCAGCUGGGGCUGCGGGCAGCAAGGGCGCCCGGGGUCCGGAGUCAGCUGGGGCUGCGGGCAGCAAGGGCGCCCGGGGUCCGGAGUCAGCUGGGCCUGCGGGCAGCAAGGGCGCCCGGCUCCCGGAGUCAGCUGGGCCUGCGGGCAGCAAGGGCGCCCGGGGUCCGGAGUCAGCUGGGCCUGCGGGCAGCAAGGGCGCCCGGGGUCCGGAGUCAGCUGGGCCUGCGGGCAGCAAGGGCGCCCGGCUCCCGGAGUCAGCUGGGCCUGCGGGCAGCAAGGGCGCCCGGGGUCCGGAGUCAGCUGGGCCUGCGGGCAGCAAGGGCGCCCGGGGUCCGGAGUCAGCUGGGGCUGCGGGCAGCAAGGGCGCCCGGGGUCCGGAGUCAGCUGGGCCUGCGGGCAGCAAGGGCGCCCGGCUCCCGGAGUCAGCUGGGCCUGCGGGCAGCAAGGGCGCCCGGGGUCCGGAGUCAGCUGGGCCUGCGGGCAGCAAGGGCGCCCGGCUCCCGGAGUCAGCUGGGCCUGCGGGCAGCAAGGGCGCCCGGGGUCCGGAGUCAGCUGGGCCUGCGGGCAGCAAGGGCGCCCGGCUCCCGGAGUCAGCUGGGCCUGCGGGCAGCAAGGGCGCCCGGGGUCCGGAGUCAGCUGGGCCUGCGGGCAGCAAGGGCGCCCGGGGUCCGGAGUCAGCUGGGGCUGCGGGCAGCAAGGGCGCCCGGGGUCCGGAGUCAGCUGGGGCUGCGGGCAGCAAGGGCGCCCGGGGUCCGGAGUCAGCUGGGGCUGCGGGCAGCAAGGGCGCCCGGCUCCCGGAGUCAGCUGGGCCUGCGGGCAGCAAGGGCGCCCGGGGUCCGGAGUCAGCUGGGCCUGCGGGCAGCAAGGGCGCCCAGGGUCCGGAGUCAGCUGGGCCUGCGGGCAGCAAGGGCGCCCGGGGUCCGGAGUCAGCUGGGCCUGCGGGCAGCAAGGGCGCCCGGCUCCCGGAGUCAGCUGGGCCUGCGGGCAGCAAGGGCGCCCGGGGUCCGGAGUCAGCUGGGCCUGCGGGCAGCAAGGGCGCCCGGGGUCCGGAGUCAGCUGGGCCUGCGGGCAGCAAGGGCACCCGGGGUCCGGAGGCCUCUGCCCACUGGCCCGCGGCGCGGCGUUGGCGCCGUUCGCCCCCCGCUCGCCCCCCGCCCGCCCUCGCCCUGCAGGGUCGUCUGUCUCCUGGGUAGUGGAAUCUGA